ACCGAGAAGUGAUCCCGAUCGGCUCAGCGCUUCAGCACCACAACACAACUGGAUGCCGCAUAAGAGUAAGACGCAGCAAGCGAGUCAGAGACACAGUCCCGGAUUUUGACUUCUUUACACCGGCUGUUUUCCCCCAGUUCCGGCUUGGUGCAUGGUGUUUGCAUGGAGGUGUCAGUGGGUGACUGUCCCGCAUGGAGACGCUCCGAUUAGGAUAAGAAGAAUCAGCAGCGGAGGAACCUGCACCGGAGGCUCUAUCGGGAGGCGUCCGCUGUUUUGACCCCCCUUGCAUGGAGGACACACCAUGGCGACGUUUGUGUGCAGGGUGCAGUUCUUAGAUGAUACUGAUCCAUUCAAUAGCACCAACUUCCCGGAGCCCAGCAGACCUCCAGUGUACACAUUCAGGGAAGAUAUUCCACUCAUCAAUCAGAUAGCUGGAGUGCACAGGCUGCUCAGAGCCCCACAUAAGCCUGAUGACUGUGCACUCCAGUUGUCUCAUAAUGGAAGCUAUCUGGACUUGGAGUCGACGCUGGCAGAACAAAAAGACGAGCUGGAGGGAUUUCAAGAGGAAGGAGGAAGAGGCAGAAAACACAACCUUAUACUUCGGACGCAGCUGUCAGUCAGAGUUCACGCCUGCAUCGAAAAACUCUACAACUCCACUGGAAGAGAACUGAGGAGAGCCCUUUUUUCCCUCAAGCAAAUCUUUCAGGAUGACAAAGAUCUGGUGCAUGAGUUUGUGGUGGCCGAGGGACUGACUUGUCUGAUCAAAGUGGGUGCUGAAGCUGACCAGAACUACCAGAAUUACAUCCUCAGAGCUCUUGGACAGAUCAUGCUAUUUGUGGAUGGCAUGAAUGGCCUCAUUGCAAAUAAGGAAAUAGUCCAAUGGCUCUACACCCUUGUCGGGGCUAAGUUUCGUCUGGUGGUGAAGACGGCGCUGAAGCUCCUGCUGGUGUUUGUGGAGUAUGCAGAAUCAAACGCCGUUUUAUUCAUUAAUGCCGUGAAUGCUGUGGAUGCCAAAAGAGGCACCAAAGUAUGGGGCAACGUCAUGGAGAUCCUGAAUGAGAAAGACGGAGUAGAUACUGAAUUGCUGGUGUAUGCAAUGACGCUCAUCAACAAGACUCUGGCCAGUCUGCCCGAUCAAGACUCUUACUAUGACGUGGUGGACUGUUUGGAGGAGCAGGGCAUCGAGGCUUUGGCACAGAGACACCUAAGCAGGAAGGGCUCUGACCUUGACCUUGUAGAGCAGUUGAACAUCUACGAGACGACUCUUCGCCGCGAGGACGGUGACGAUGAGACGCAGAUACCUCCGAGCGGCAGGAAGGAGCGCCGGCGGGCCAGCAUGGGCGGCACCAGCGAGCGACGCGGCCUGGAGAGACGACGUAGCCGCAGGCAUUCUCUUCAGAACAAUAGAGGUCCCGCCUCGGCACCGGCGUCGCCAUGCAGCCCUUAUGCAAGCGGCAUCCUGCCCUUUGGAGGCCAGCGGGUUGAAGACAUCGCCGAAAGGGUUACUUCCAAUGAAGCAGCACAGCCAGAUAAGCAGCAAAGUCCAGAAGCACCCAGCAAUCGCUUCACUAGUACGGCAACCUGCACACCGGAGUCUAAAACUGAAAGACCUGCUUUAGGAAGCUUGCUGAGCUCCUCGUACAGGCAACAUCAGGAGUCUUUGGCUGCAGAGAGGGAGAGGAGGCGCAUGGAACGAGAGGAGCGUCUGCAGAGGAUCGAAAGGGAGGAGAGGGAGCGCUUCAAUCGAGACUAUGUUGAAAAAAGGGAAGAGGCGAGACAAGCCAGAGAGGAAAGGUACAAGGCCGUGGAGAGGCUAGCGGCCGAGGAGUACGAGCGAGAGCGUCCUCGGAUGCCCGUAAGAGGCCGUACGGAGAUCACACUGUGUUUGAGUUCCAACCCCGCCGUCCGCUCGGCAUCUCGCUGUGUCACGACUUCAUCCAUCGCCUCACAGCAAGACAAAACACCCGAUGCUCAGCAGACGUUAGGAACUGAAUCCGUCCCAGCGUCAAAACACAACUCCCCAACAAGAACAAAAAGUCCAGCAUUAACAGGAUCAGAACUUUGUCCUUCACCUCCCUCACAACCAAAUAUGGCUGCAAAAGAGCCGCCAGCAGACACCAAGGAUGUGAAGGACACUCGACCAGUUCAGAAUGUGGUGGAAGAGCCAGAGGGGUGUGAAGAGGGAGGAGUGGGAAAUGAAGAAGGCAAGCUUGAGGAGAUAGAGCAGGAGUGUGAGACCGGGAGAGAAGUCGACGAGCAGGCGGACGUGGCUGAUGAAGUGGAAGUAGCUGAGGAAGCACAGGCAGAUAGUAUUGACGUGGAAGUGGAUGUAGAAGAUGUUGAAUUAGAGGAAGAUUGCGAGAGGGUUCCGACCAUAGAGAGGGAUGUGGAGGAAAGUAUAGUGCUGAGCGAGAAGGAGAGACAGAAUGAGGAAGUGAACGAGAAGGACAACUGCUCGGCAUCCAGCAUCUCAUCCACCAGCAGCACUCUGGAGAGGGAGGAACGUGAGGAGAAAGUAAAAAAUGACAUUGAAGCAGGCCAGUGGAGCCAGUGCAUUGAAGUCUCGGAAGAGAACGACAUCCUCAACAACAAGCGCUUCAUGCUGGACAUGCUCUACGCUCACACGUCCAACAAGAAAGAUGACAACGGAGGAGGAGAGGCGGAAAAAGAAACGGAAUGUAAAUGUGAAAAGGACCCAGAGGUGGCUGACCCCUCUGUGGCCAGCUUGGCCAGCCGGAUCUCCACACUGGAGGCUCACAGGCAGGCCAAUGAAGAAAAUGUGAAGAAAAUGGAGGUGGACAUUGUAGACAAGCAAAGCACUGUACGGGCUGUGGCUGGAAAAUUCGGUGAUUUGGUCAAAGGGCUGGCGUCUCUGACUGAAGCGGAGGCGUCAAAGGAGCCGCAGCACGCUCAGACUGACAACUCCGGCGGCAUCCCGGCGGCCCAGAAGAAGGAAUCGGACCAAAUUUGGGACCAGCUCAUGGCCGCACCCAGGGAGCUGCGCAUCAAGGAAAUGGAUUUCACCGACUUGCGGGAUGAGGAUGACUUGGAUAUUUUAGUUAUGGAAAGCGUGAUGGGGUCUGGUGAUCACGUCCCGCCGCCGCCGCCUCCUCCGCUGCGUAGUGCUGUUCUACCGCCACCCCCUCCCCUUUUUGGGUGCCCCCCGCCUCCUCCCAUCCUUGGAAAAAUGGUGCUCCCACCUCCCCCCUUCAUGCCGCCGCCAUCCCCUCAGCUGAAUCGGGGUGACCUUCCUCUGUUCCUCAAGAAAAAGAAAACAAUUCGACUCUUCUGGAAAGAGGUGCGCCCCAUGGAGUGGCAGUGCAAGAGCCAUAAGUUCUGUAAGGAAUCCCUUUGGUCCAAAUUAGAGCCACUUAAACUGGACACAUCCAAGCUGGAGCAGCUCUUUGAGUCCAAAUCCAAGGAGCUGCCUAUUACCAAGAAAGCAGCAGUUGAUGGCAAACGUCAAGAAAUCAUCGUCCUGGACUCCAAGCGCAGCAACGCCAUAAACAUCGGUUUGACCGUCUUACCGCCUCCUCGCACCAUCAAGACGGCCAUCCUCAACUUUGAUGAGUAUGCGCUGAACAAAGAAGGCAUCGAGAAAAUCCUGACCAUGAUCCCCACGGAGGAAGAGAAGCAGAAGAUCCAAGAGGCUCAGCUGCUCAAUCCCGAAAUUCCCCUGGGCAGCGCUGAGCAGUUUCUCCUCAUCCUCUCCUCCAUCACCGAGCUGUCCGCCCGACUGCAGCUGUGGGCCUUCAAGAUGGACUAUGAGCUUACGGAGAAGGAAGUUGCGGAGCCCCUGCAGGAUCUUAAAGAAGGAAUGGACCAAUUGGAGAAGAACACAACUCUACGCUACAUUUUGACCACGCUCUUAGCCAUCGGCAACUUCCUUAAUGGCACUAAUGCCAAAGGCUUUGAGCUGAGUUACCUCGAGAAAGUCCCCGAGGUGAAGGACACGGUUCAUAAGCAGUCCCUGCUGCACCACACCUGCGCCAUCGUGGUGGAGAAGUUUCCGGAUAGCUCCGAUCUCUACUCGGAGAUUGGGGCCAUCACCCGGUUGACCAAGGUGGACUUUGACCAACUUCAAGACAAUCUGACUCAGAUGGAGCGAAGGUGCAAAGCAUCAUGGGAUCACCUCAAGGUCAUUGCCAAACAUGAGAUGAAACCGGCGUUGAAGCAAAAAAUGUCCGACUUCCUCAAAGACUGCGCGGAGAGGAUUAUCAUUCUGAAAAUCGUACACCGGAGGAUCAUCAACAGGUUUCAUGCCUUCCUGUUGUUCCUUGGCCAUCCAAUAUACGGCGUCCGUGAUGUCAGCAUUCAUCGCUUCAGUAAGAUCCUGAGUGAAUUUGCGCUGGAGUACCGCACAACCAGGGAGCGGGUGCUCCAGCAGAAACAGAAGAGGGCCAACCAUCGUGAGAGGAACAAAACCAGAGGGAAAUUGAUAACAGAUAGCGACGACGAAGGUGACAGUGAGAGCGGUAAAUUCGGCGGCGCCCAGCCCGACACGCCCGAGAGCCAGCCUCAUGGCAUCCAGUACGCGCAGGACGCCGCCGAGCACGAGAACAUGAAGGCCGUGCUGAAGGGCAACGUGCAGAGUGGAGACAGCGAGAUCUCCACGGUGCCGGGCCUUCGCACUCGCACGCGGGUCGGCAGCACCAGAGCUCAAGUGCCGCCGUGGUGCAUCGCCAACGACGACACCAUCAACUGCACAGAUGACACGGCCGACGAGAUCAUGGAGCGGAUCGUACGCUCGGCCACUCAGGGGCCGGGUCCGAGGACGCAACCCCGUGAGAGGCGGCGCUCCAGAGUCAAUCGCAAAUCAUUGAGGAGGACACUGAAGAGCGGUUUGACAUCCGAGGAGGCCAACCUCCUGGGCUUGUCCGAUGGUCCUGACAUGCAGGUGUGAACAGGAUUGGAGGACGCACGUUCGACGCCUCGCUCCCGUGCCAACAUGGAUGACUCAUUUGCGCCUUCGUGAGAAGACCAGGCUGAGCGCCGCAUUGAGACCACUGAGCUUGGCUUCGGCACUCCUCCAGCGCUUGAUGUCUUCAAACACCCCAAAGCACCUCUGUGUGUUUGUGAUCUCUGGUGGUUCGAGUGAGAGAAAUCCAAAGAUGUCACCUGCGUGUGUACAAUUACUACUGUGCUACUAACGCCUUGCGCUCCAGAAGGUGAUCCACCGGCCAUCAAUUAAUGUGAAACACUUGACGAAAAGAUGAACACAUUAGAACCCAAUUUAAUCAAGCAGGUUGAGGAACAAAAUAGGUAAGUUGCUCAGCAGCAUGUGGCGCGCAUGUUGUCCCAGCUGUACAUUUUAGUGCCUUUCUUGAGACACUUAUUUAUUAAGGAGAGAUUUUCAGGGACAUCCUAAUCAAAUGAGGACCGAGCACGAGCCGCGGUGAUUUCUAAACGGUGUUCGGAUCGACUCGUAAUGAAGCUAGUGUAUUUAUUAUGACAACUCUCUCCCGUCGCCUUACAUGUCUGUUGACGUGAAAGUGAAAAGUAUGGAAAAAAAAAAAAAAAAGACAUCUCCCUUCGACUGGCAGCAUUGGAGAUUCUGUUACAGGUACUCCUCUCUUUAAAAUGAAUGUGAAAAUCAUCACUUAAUGUUUCUUAACAUCUAUGUCAAAGUGAUGUAAAAAGGGAAGGUAUUUUUGAAUUAACUAAAGUAGGCCAGUUUAUCUAACCCGCUAUAAUCUUCGAAGCAUUUUUCCCCUCCCGACAUUUACAAGUCCCGGUUUGCUAUUUAGAAUGGGAGCAUAGCCAUUGAAAGCAAACACCAGCAGUAGAUUUCCGUGAACUCUGUUCAGCACCUUAGAUUUCAAGUGUAGCAUCUACCUUCCUUCCUUAUGACAAAAGGGUUUUUUUUUUAAAGAAAAAAACAAAAAACAAGCAUACAUGUGUAAAGUUAAGAUAUAGGGCCAGUGAUGUAAAAUGUCUUUUUGCUCCAUUUGUAGAAUAGUGUAUUAUAGAGUAAAAGCAGUAUUAUAAAUGUAAUUUAAAAGUUUGAAAGAGUUCAUUCUGCAAGUUAUGGUUUGAAAUGAACGCUGGUUCUGUGCUCUGGACACUUGACUGCUUUGAUAUCAUUGCACUAAACUGCUACACACACACACACACAAGCAAGGCUUCACAUGCAGCCAAAAACAAAAUGUUAAUAUUUACAAUUAAAAUGCUUGUGAAAAGUU